AUCAUUACCGGGACUUUCCGGAUACGUCAGGCGGAGCUUCCGAGUUAUUAGUUCAGCUUCUCUGUGUUUAUGUCGUUAGACGGCGGAAAACGUCCCCGCCGAGCUCCGAGACCCCCCUCAGCGGAGACCAUGGUGCCGACGGCCGCUCCCCGGGCCGCUCCCGGGGCAGAGUUCUGAGUGUUUGUGGCCGGGUGGGACGGUCGCAGCGGGAAGUGCGGCAUGUCAACAACGCGGCCUCUGCUCGGAAUGCGGCGAGUCCCCGAGCUCGCGUACCCGGAGCAGCCGGCGGCCAGGCUCUCCGCGCCGGCCGCCAGGCCGCCGCAGGACGGGCCCCCCACCGUGGACGAGUUCACGGUCCUGGAGGACAAGGAGGAGGAGCUGAAGUGCGCCAGGCCCCGGGUGGAGCAGGUGUUCCAGGUGGCGUUCACCAUCAUCGGACUGCUGGAUCACACGGGGCAGCCGCACGGCAGCCACGCACUCCGGCAGAUCUGGCUGCAGCUCCGGGGGAACCGGGAGGACGUGUCCCGGGCCAAGGAGUAUAUUCGUGGACUGUGUGACCCAGAACUCCGGAAAGAAGAGCGUUACCCCGUGGACAUGCAUUGUAUCUUUGCUGGGGCCCGAGGACUCUUCUUGGACCGGCUCAUAAGGGACACAAGUGCUGAAGUUCUAAUGACAGAGCCGGGUCGUCUGCGGCUGUUGGGUCGAGCUGAGCCUGUUGUGAUGGCUCAGAGCAGAGUUCAGCAGUUUGUAGCACUUUUUCAAGAGAAGAGAAGUUUACCAAGUGACAGAGAAUCAACAGUGAAACGAGCGUUCAAGUGCUUUGUGGAGGAAAGGGAUGAUAAAUACACUAUGGAACUUCUGCUCCUGCCCAGUGCUCUGAAGGAGGAGUUACUGGGGCUAGUCCACAGCCCUACCAGCACAAACACAUCUCCUCUGGCCCUACAUCCCAACAUGGCCGAGGUGGAGCAGGACCGCUCCCAGAGCAGCACCCCUGUAACGGAGCUCUCCAACCGAAUCCUGGACACCAGCUUUGAAGAGAAAGCCUACACGGCAGCGUCCGUAGGCGCGGCUGGCAAAGCGGGAGGUGGGAUCGGCUCGGGUCCAGAGACUGUGCUACUCAACGGCACUCGGCCUUCACACAAACGGCGCUCGUCCGAGAGCGAGACUCGGGACACAAAGAGACAGUACUCCCUGGAGCGGAAAGAGGAGUCGCCCGAGAGAGCCCGGGAGCGCCAGAGGGAGAGGGACGGCCACGGCCGAGGGCCCGGGAGCAGCUACCGAUCCAAAACCCCUUCGGCUUCUUCAACCUUCUCCUCGGCGAAGGCCAACACCGUGGGCGGUCCGAUCAUGCUGGAGUCUAGCGAGGCCGCUCUGGACGAGGGAGAGGCAGUCAGCCCGGAAACCAACCUCCGCUGCUUAGUCAACUUUUUUAGAACCAUGGGCUACCAGCAGGAAGUGGUGGAGCGUGUUGUCAAGGCAACAGGACAGACUGAAGAUACUUUCCUCCUCCUGGAGAAAAUAGUUGAGGAAACCAAGCGCUGUGAGGAGGGGAAGGAAAGUGGGGGAAAAGGGAGACCGUUGAACUCUGUGCCGACCUCGGACGCCCCUUCGUCAUCGUCCUUCUCCUCCACGGUCUCUCGCUUCAGAGAGAAGGAGUUUGGCCGGUCGUUGGUGGAUCCGGGCAGAUCUAAAGAGAACAUUAAGCCCGGCCAGCACGGCGGCAACAGCAACGGGCUGGGACACCGGCGGCAGUGCAGCAGCAGCGAGACCAGCACGCAGCAGGCCAUUACGAUCAAGAGGAGCUCCAGCGCUCAGGGCGGAGCGGGGAAUUACGAGGUCAUUACCAUCGACGAUGACGACGACGCCAUCCCUGUCGAUGCCAAAACGACCGACGGUAGAACGUCGCGGAUAAUGAUGGCGGCUCACCUGGACUCCCAGUCCGGGUCUAGAACGGACUUCCUGGCCCGGGGAGGGGGCGGCGUCCCGCAGAAGGAUUACCUGUCUCGGUGUGGAGCUCAGACUUUGGGAGGAGCAGUGAAAGUGGAGAGUUUGACGGCGCUGCGCAGCACACCCCAGUGGCUCACGGCAACUAAUCCUUCCCUGGCUUCCACCCCCACUGCGGCUCAGCCCAUCAGCCGACCGGCGGCCUCUCCCUAUCAGACCAUCAGCCACGUGGGUUUCCAGGGGGGCGUGGUCCGGACACCUCCCUCCAGCGACCCCCCCGUUCCCCCGGUAACGGGGAUGGCUCGUUUCCACCAGUCACUGAGGACUCCCUUCACCCUCAAUCUGCCCAAUGAGCCAGGAAAUCCCGAGCUCAGACACAUCAUCAUAGACGGCAGCAACGUGGCCAUGGCUCACGGUCUCCAUCGCUUCUUCUCCUGCCGGGGCAUCGCCCUGGCGGUGCAGACGUUCUGGAGGAGAGGCCACCGGGAGAUCACCGUGUUCGUCCCUCAGUGGCGGCAGAAGAGAGACCGACUCACAACAGAGCAACAUUUUCUAAACCAGUUAGAGGACCUCCGGCUGCUGUCCUUCACUCCUUCCAGAGAAGUUUGUGGACAGAGGAUUUCCUCCCACGACGACAGGUUCCUGCUCCACCUGGCAGAGAAAACGGACGGGAUCAUCGUAACCAACGACAACCUGAGGGACUUUGUGGACACGUCUGACACCUGGAGGAGGAUCAUCCAGGGGAGGCUCCUUCAGUUCACAUUUGUGGAGGAUCACUUCAUGAUCCCCGACGACCCUCUGGGGAAAAACGGCCCUCACUUGGACUUCUUCCUGCGGAAAGACCACAGGAGGGCUCCGGCCACCCCCCCUCCACUGAGGCCCCCGGACUUCCGUCCGGCGUCCCAUCAGCAGCAGCAGCAGCAGCCGGUCUACGUGCAGGCCCUGCACUCGGCCCCCAAGACCCCCACGUCCCUGACGCCCCACCCCCCCGGGGCCCUGCACUGGCCCCCGCCCCGCCGCUCGCCCUCCCCGUCGCCCUCGCCCCCGCCCCAGCGCUGCCCGGCCGAGACGGCGGAGCUGAAGAGGAAGCUGUACGACAUCUUCCCCGAGCAGAAGCAGCGCAUCGACCGCAUCCUCAGAGACAACCCCUACAUGAGAGACCUGAACGCCCUGUCCGGCCUGCUGCUCGGAUAAAUCACACAUCAGCAUUCAUGUGUCCGCACACAAAUAUUUAUUUACUAUGUCAUCCUGUUUGGACGACAUGCACACUUUUUUAUCAUUUUGUUAUUCUUCACAGAGACUGAUCAUCCAGCUAGCUGCUAUUUGUGAGAUUUCGCUUUUUCUUUCUCCCCCUUUGCUCCAAAGUGUGAACAAAGUUCCACGUUUGUCAAUCAGCUACGUCUGUAAUGGUUGGAUUAAAUCUGGAGUUCCUGGCAAAGCUCUAGAGUUUCCAUUGGGGGGAUCCAGCUCUUCUGUCUUCAAAACUUUGAUCCCCGUCAGACUCUCGCCCUCCGAGCUUUUUCUUGAUUCGACCUCGGGCACAAAGCGUUUUGUUAACGGCUCAUGCAGAGUUUUUUUUUUUUACAUUUUCUAGCAGGCCAACUUGUACACUGGUGAUGUUCUGCAUCAGGAUCAAUUCGGUGUCAUUGUGGUAAAAAAGAAAAGAAAAGCGUGGGAAGUUAUUCCGUCAGUUGGAACUUAAUAACUCCGACUAGAGGAGACUGUUCAGUUCUAGUUCAGGAUCAGUUCUAGUGAAGAAAGAAAGCAGUGACGAAGCACGAAGAGAGUUUUUCUAAUCAAAGUUUUAUUUUAGAAGCAGGAAGCUUUAGUUUUUUGCAGCCAACUGGAAUGCUAGAGGGACAUUUUGAGGCUGUAUAAAUAGGCAGUAAAACAUGUAUUUUUCUGUUUAUUUUAUCUGCAGCUUCUGAUUCUGUGUAUAUCGACCUGAACUUGUCCUGUAAAAAAAUCCACUCUUCUAAUUAAAGUAACACUGCCUAUCUGUCUCCCUCAAAAUGUCACAUUUCUUUGGGGGUUGGGUGAAUUCAUGUGAUGAUUUAAAGUCCCAGGGUCUAAAAUGUGUGAUUUAUUAUUAGAAAUUCAAGAGAGAGUUGAUAAUUUUGUUUUCAUUAGUAUAGAAUUGUGUGGAAAUAAGAAUUGCCUUGGAUAGUUGGUAUAAAGUUGGCUAUUACAGGAGCUCAGAGGGGACAAACCAAACUGCUGAUUCUUUUUUUUGUUUUGUUAAAGCUUAUAACUGUUUUUCUGACAAAGUUAAAGGGGAAGACUGAUUGAUUGAUUGAAGAAUUUAUUAGAAGAAUUGCAUAGGAUCAGGUACAGUUUCAUGACAGUACAGAUUCGCUGAUACAAAGUCAACUAAAAGGCUUAUUAUUCCAAGAAAGCAUUACACUUGUUUACAUUGGAGACCUUUUUUAAACUCAUAUGACAUUGAAUGACAUACAGGUAAGAAGCAGUACUUUGUAGGGAAGAUUGUAAAAAAAAAAAGAAAAGGGGGGAAUUACUGUUAUUUUGCACCGAGAGAGACUAAAAGGUGAUUAUUCCCAGUUAAGAGUAGCAGCCUCCUGUAGGUGCUUUUUAGGGCAGACUUGAAGGAGAUUAGGGAUUUCUCUCUUUUACGGCUGUCUGUAAGGAAUUCCACAUGUUGGUAGUAUAGGAUGCAAACGAAUUUAAACCUUUCUUGGAGUUAACCCCGGGCUGAAAGUGAUUUGAGCUGCCUCUAGAGUUAUGGUGGUGAAAAUCUUUUACAUUUUGAAAGUAUUUAGACAAGUACAAGGGUAUUUUGUAGGAGUAAUGUAUCUUGUACACCAAAAUCAAUGCAAGAAACUGUACUCUGUCGGUUACCAGGAUCAUCCCACGCUGAGCAUAUGGUUUGCUGUUAGGUGAGUCCGAGAUGGAAGAUUGAGCAGAAGCCUUAUCAGUUUGUUCUGAGCUGUCUGGAGCUUGGUUUUCAGAGCCUUAGAGGCGUCACGGUACCAGACAUGAACUCCAUAAUCAAAGUGAGGUUGAAUGAGUGCCCUUGCCAAAAUCUUCAGUGUGUCUCUACCAACUAGAGGGGCGAUCCUAUACAAGAAUCGGGUUCGUUGGUUGACUUUUUUCACUACCCUAGCAGUCAUUUUUUCACUGGAGAGAUUUGCUUCUAGGAUGCAGCCCAGAUAGGUGAUUUCAGUUUUGUUUGUGAUAACAUUGUCACCCACUUUGAUUAUGAAGUUAUCAACCUUGCUGAGUUUAGGAAUUGACCCAAAGAGGAUGGAUUCUGUUUUGCCCAAGUGUAUGGAUAGUUUGUUGUCAUUGAGCCAGGUACACUGAAGUGUGAGUUUUAUUCCAGCUGAUUUCACCACAUCCCUCACACUGGACCUUCUGAUACCACAGUGGUAUUUAGUUUGAUCUCAGUGUGAAAGCUGUUCUUUUACCAGGUCUGUGGUUGGAUGUCGUUGCAUCUGAUGGUGAAGGUUGGAACCACACCACUCAUUUGUCCCUUCUGUUUUACCGUAGUUCAGUUUUCCCGUAGUUCAGUUUUACCGUAGUUCAGUUUUCCCGUAGUUCAGUUUUCCCGUAGUUCAGUUUUCCCGUAGUUCAGUUUUACCGUAGUUCAGUUUUCCCGUAGUUCAGUUUUCCCGUAGUUCAGUUUUACCGUAGUUCAGUUUUCCCGUAGUUCAGUUUUCCCGUAGUUCAGUUUUCCCGUAGUUCUGUUUUCCCGUAGUUCAGUUUUCCCGUAGUUCAGUUUUACCGUAGUUCAGUUUUCCCGUAGUUCAGUUUUCCCGUAGUUCUGUUUUCCCGUAGUUCAGUUUUACCGUAGUUCUGUUUUCCCGUAGUCCAGGGCUCCUCAUGUUUCUCAUGUUUCCCUGCUCCCACAGACCUAAUAAAUGACCUUCCCAAGUUUGUUAGUGGCCCGAUAAUUUAUUUUAGACGGGAAAGUGAAAGAAGGGAAACAUUUAAAUCAGGGGUCUUCAACCAGGGGUCCGUGACCCCUAGGGGGGCCACAGAGGAACUGCAGGGGGUCCUCACACUUAAAAAGAAAUAAAGGCAAUUUUAACCAAAAUAAUUUGUGAGAGUUGAAAAAUAUAAAAUACAUUUUAUAUAUACAGGACUGUCUCAGAAAAUUAGAAUAUUGUGAUAAAGUUCUUUAUUUUCUGUAAUGCAAUUAAAAA